AUGUUCGCCAUGUUCGCCAAUGUUUCGCGAACUUGCUGCAAAGUGCGAACCGAAUCGAAUUGUGCGAAAGCGAGUGUUGUUGGCGGCUUUCCCCACACGAUCCGAAGCCAGCGAAUGGCAAGGCUGGAGCCUCAGCCACAGCACAAGAAUUACCAGAAAUGGGAUUGGCCACCUGUGAGCCACGACUCGUCAUGGUGCGGAAACCUCCGACCGGUACCUGCACUUCCCGCCCGGCUCCCGUAUCGCAUCCAAACUCGAAGCGGAGACCGAUUAAUGUGGGGAUUCCAUUUGGGGCGGAGGGAUCCGAACCUGGCUCUGAUUGGCCAUGGCCGCAAACUGGACGCGCGUUCUCUGUCCAAGACGCCUCCCUCUGUGCUCCCCCUCCACUUCUCUCGUGGGCUCCAUGGCCGUUUCCACGCAGCGAGAGACGUCUGCUUGUUGCCUGCACCCCUCCCCGAGCGCUCCCAACAAACUUGA